AUGGCCGGACAAACUAUACUCAGACUGGCUCUGAUAUGCUUGCUGUAUUCGUUUGGAAUUGUGUCAGCGAAUGAUGGCAUCUGUCAAAAGCUUCCUUACAAAGAUCUCUUAUUUCUCACCGACUAUGCGCCCGCAGAGUCCUUCUGUUCGAGGUACUUCCCCGUGCCCACGGUCACUGUUAUUAUCCCUGCAGCAGGCAGACGCAGGUUGAGACGAGGCCUUGCGACCACGACCGCCGCUCCUCUGACAACUUCUGCAACAACUACCCCAAAGACUAUAUCUAGUUCGCAAAGCAAAGAUGUGGUAUGGGCUAGCUGUAUUGCUCAAGGAGGAGGAUUCCUCGGGCAGCUAUGUUCUUGUAUCGAAAACACGGUCACGACCACUAUCAAGCACCCAUGUCACCUCAAGUGCAUCUAUCUCGAGCUCGACCAAGCCAAGUACCACGAAGUCCAAUGCUACACCAAAGAGUUCGAUGACUACUUCAUCUUGGACCACUUCACCAAGCAUGACAUCGACGACGAGCAAAGCUACCAAAUCGAGCAAGACGACCGACUCAACCAAGACUACCAAAUCGAGCAAGACGACCGACUCAACCAAGACUACCAAAUCAAGUAA